UGUCACCGACCUUCAGCUUCCUUUGCAAGCAAGUUUCUUUACUCUCCUAUUCCCUCAAAUCGAUCAUUUCCAUUCGAAUCGAAACCCAAACCACAAUUCCCACAUAUCGAUCAGUACAAUUCGAAUGCCAUGGACCAUGACUCCGCACCCUCACUCCCACCCGGCUUCCGAUUCCAACCGAACGACCAAGAACUCGCUUACUACCUUAAGGCCAAGCUCUCCGGCAAGCCUCUCGAUUUCGAACCGAUUGCCGUCGUGGAUGUCUACAAUUAUGAUCCCUGGGACCUCCCAAGCAAAUCGAGGUUGAAGACAAGGGACGGAGUGUGGUAUUUCUUCAGUGCACUGGAGAGAUAUGGGAAUGGUUCGAGGAUCAAGCGGACCACAGAGAAGGGUUACUGGAAGACCACAGGGAAGGACCGCGAGGUCCGCCACAACUCGCGCACUGUGGGAAUGAAGAAAAAAUUCCUCGUUUUUUACACUGGCCGAGCCCCCCGUGGGGUUGCUACCAAUUGGAUCAUGCACGAGUACCGCCUCGUUGACAAGGAACUGGAGAAAGCUGGAGUUGCCGUACAGGAUGCGCUUGUACUGGUUAAGUUUUUUCAGAAGAGUGGGACGGCGCCCAAGAAUGGGAAGGCGUCGUUCGGUGAAGAGGAUGAUAUGGGAGUUGGUGAAGAGGCCGCCACUGAGGAAGCGGCGGUUGGUGAUGGUAAAUAUGUGAAAGCAAAGGAUCUUGAUCAGAGCAACAAUACUGAGUAUUCUGGGGAGUUCUGUGGAGAUUAUCAACAGCCUAUCAUAGACACUGGUGAAACUUCAGAGCUGCGUCAUUUCCAGGAAAUUUUUGAUAUCCCAGAGCAAGAUGGGAUGGAUGCAAACGCAUUGAGAGAUGACUUCUUUGAAGCUAAGGAUCUUUCAGACCCCAUUGAAGGAGAUCCUGCAGAUGUUGACAUGGCUGGCAAGUGCUUUAUUUUAGAUAUGGAUGAAGGUUUUGAUCCCUCUGAUUUUUUUGUGGACUGAAAACACAAGUUCUCACCAAACACCCGUCACCCAGAAGGUGGCCGGUGACUGGCGUGAAUUUGCAUAGUAACUGUGGUUCUCACAUGUUGAUGACUUAACCGUUCAUUGCAAGUUUAUGUACUACUAGACUCGGCUAGUUUGAUUGUCUACCUAUAUAUGGUGUUAUGUUGUUUGCAUUUUCUUUUGGGAGAAGCUGCUUUUGGUGGUUGUAGUACUGGCUGUGUUGCUAUUUUAGUCCUUUACCUAAAAGGGCUGUGUUGCUUUUGUUGUAUAACUUCGGAUGAGCCUGUGCUUUGAAACUCUUUUGGUUCUUAGUAUUUGCCCAGAAUAAAAAAGAAAACUUGUGUUGAUGU